AUGAGGCCAGGGCUCAUAAUAGUAAAAGAGUCAGGAACCAGAAGACGUCGAGCCACGGAAUGCGGUCAAGGUCGGACAAAUGAAAUCGGCCAGUUGGGAGGCGGUAUUUUGGACAUGUGCGCCGACAGUCAAUCUGGCCACAUGUGGGCAGUUUGCCGCCUGUCGGUCAGUGAGUAUGUCGGGUGCCCAUGGCGAACAUGUGAAGGGCACUGGUCCUGGUUGCCUAAGUCACCUUUCGUGCUCAAUCAGGCGUCUACACAAGCGAGAAUGAGACCGCCACGUGGUCUAACAGUUGCAGCCGAUAGAAUGGGAGGCCUGCUUCAGGUUGCCAAGGCCUCGAAUCGCGAAAACUGUUGCCGGGUGGACCGGACAAAAGCAUAG